GUCGGCGGCGGCUCGGUCUCCUCGCGAGAGAGGGCGAGGUUUCCGGUGUUGUGACUGCGGGGCCGUAAACAUGGCGGUGAGCCUCCGCGCCCGCUCGCUGAGGCACCUCCGCAUCCGAGGUCGGAAUGACAGCGGCGAGGAGAACGUCCCGCUUGAUCUCAGCCGAGAACCCUAUGAUAACUUGAGGGAGAUUCUCCAAAAUGUGGCCAAAUUACAAGGUGUUUCAAAUAUGAGAAAACUAGGCCACUUGAAUAAUUUUACUAAGCUUCUUUGUAAUACUGGCCACACUGAAGAAAAAUUAGGUUUUACCUAUGAUGACAUCAUAAUAUGUUUGCGAUUAGCUUUACUGAAUGAAGCAAAAGAGGUGCGAGCAGCAGGGUUGCGAGCCCUUCGCUAUCUCAUCCGAGACUCCAGUAUUCUACAAAAGGUGCUAAAAUUGAAAGUGGAUUACUUGAUAGCGAGGUGCAUUGACAUACAGCAGAGUAAUGAAGUAGAGAGAACACAAGCACUUCGAUUAGUGAGAAAGAUGAUCACUGUGAAUGCUUCCUUGUUCCCUAGCUCUAUUACUAAUUCAUUGAUAGCAGUUGGAAAUGAUGGCCUUCAGGAGAGAGACAGAAUGGUUCGAGCUUGCAUUGCCAUUAUCUGUGAACUAGCACUUCAGAAUCCAGAGGUGGUAGCUCUUCGGGGUGGACUAAGUACCAUCUUGAAAAAUGUGAUUGAUUGUCAAUUAAGCCGAAUAAAUGAGGCUCUCAUAACUACAGUUUUGCACCUCCUUAAUCAUCCAAAGACUCGACAAUAUGUACGAGCAGAUGUUGAAUUAGAGCGAAUUUUAGCUCCAUAUACAGACUUUCACUACAGGCACAAUCCGGACACAGCAGAAGGGCAGCUGAAAGAGGACAGAGAGGCACGCUUCCUAGCUAGCAAAAUGGGAAUAGUGGCAGCAUUUAGAUCAUGGGCAGGUAUUAUCAGUUUAUGCAAGCCUGGCAACUCUGGUAUCCAGUCUCUUAUUGGGGUACUUUGUAUACCAAAUAUGGAAAUACGGCGAGGUCUACUUGAGGUUCUUUAUGAUAUAUUUCGCCUUCCUCUCCCUGUUGUGACAGAAGAAUUCAUAGAAGCCCUUCUCAGUGUAGAUCCAAGUCGGUUUCAGGACUGUUGGAGACUUUCUGAUGGUUUUGUAGCAGCUGAAUCUAAAACUAUAUUACCCCAUCGAGCCAGAUCAAGACCUGACCUCAUGGAUAAUUAUUUGGCUUUGGUUCUUUCGGCUUUUAUUACUAAUGGACUUUUAGAAGGUCUGGUUGAAGUAAUUACAAGCAGUGAUGACCAUGUGUCUGUUAGAGCAACAAUCCUGUUAGGAGAACUUUUGCACAUGGCAAACACAAUCCUUCCUCAUUCGCAUAGCCAUCACUUGCACUGCUUACCAACGCUAAUGAAUAUGGCAGCAUCAUUUGAUAUCCUGAAGGAGAAAAGACUACGAGCCAGUGCUGCGCUAAAUUGCUUAAAACGCUUUCAUGAGAUGAAGAAACGAGGACCUAAACCUUACAGCCUCCAUUUAGAUCAUAUUGUUCAGAAGGCAAUCUCAACACACCAAAAAAGGGAUCAAUACCGUGUGCAGAAAGAUAUCUUUGUUUUAAAGGAUACAGAGGAAGCACUUGUAAUGAAUCUUAGAGAUAGUCAAGUACUUCAUCAUAAAGAGAACCUUGAGUGGAAUUGGAAUUUGAUAGGGACCGUACUUAAGUGGCCAAAUGUAAAUCUAAGGAACUAUAAAGAUGAACAGUUGCACAGGUUUGUCCGACGACUGCUGUAUUUUUACAAGCCUAGCAGUAAAUUGUAUGCCAACCUGGAUCUGGAUUAUGCCAAAUCUAAGCAACUCACUGUUGUGGGUUGCCAGUUUACUGAAUUUCUUCUUGAAUCUGAAGAGGAUGGACAAGGCUAUCUGGAGGAAUUGGUAAAAGAUAUUGUGCAUUGGCUCAACUCUUCCUCUGGAAUGAAACCAGAACGCAGUCUUCAGAACAAUGGGUUACUAAGCACCCUUAGUCAGCACUACUUUCUGUUUUUUGGUACACUCUCCUGUCACCCUCACGGAGUGAAAAUGCUUGAAAAAUGCAAUGUGUUUCAGUGUCUUCUUAAUCUCUGCUCCUUGAAGAACCAAGAUCACUUACUAAAACUGACAGUUUCUAGUUUGGAUUACAGCAGAGAUGGGUUAGCAAGAGUCAUCCUUUCCAAAAUUUUAACUGCAUCUACUGAUAGCUGCAGGUUAUAUGCAACAAAACAUUUACGAGUAUUGUUGAGGGCCAAUGUAGAAUUCUUUAGUAACUGGGGGAUUGAAUUACUGGUGACCCAGCUGCAUGAUAAAAAUAAAACCAUAUCUUCUGAAGCACUUGAUAUCUUAGAUGAAGCAUGUGAAGAUAAGGCCAAUCUUCAUGCCCUUAUCCAGAUGAAACCUGCUCUCUCCCAUCUUGGAGACAAAGGGUUGCUUUUGCUUCUAAGAUUUCUGUCCAUUCCAAAGGGAUUUUCCUAUCUAAAUGAGAGAGGUUAUGUAACAAAACAAAUGGAGAAAUGGCAAAAGGAGUACAAUUUAAAAUAUGUUGAAUUAAUUGAAGAACAACUUAAUGAAGCACUUACCACUUACCGUAAACCUAUUGAUGGUGAUAACUAUGUUCGUCGGAGCAACCAAAGAUUACAGCGGCCACAUGUCUACCUGCCAGUUCACCUUUAUGGCCAACUGGUGCACCACAAAACAGGCUGUCAUUUGUUGGAAGUUCAGAGUGUUGUCCCAGAUUUAAGUUACACUGUUCGUUCCCCGAUGUUGGAUAAGUGGGAAGGAAUUAAACAUCUGAAAGCAGCCCUUUGGGCCUUGGGAAACAUCGGAUCAUCAAAUUGGGGCCUUAACUUGCUUCAAGAAGAGAAUGUGAUUCCUGACAUAAUGGCACUUGCCCAGCACUGUGAAGUUCUGUCCAUUAGGGGAACCUGUGUCUACGUGGUUGGUCUAAUAGCCAAAACUAAACAAGGUUGUGACAUUCUGAAGCAGCACAAUUGGGAUGCAGUGAGACACAGUCGUAGACAGCCGUGGCCAGUAGUCCCUGAUGACAUGGAGCAACUCUGCAAUGAACUCUCUUCUAUACCCAGCACUCUUAGCUUGAACUCGGGUUCCACCAGUUCUAGGCAUAACAGUGAAAGUGAAUCUGCACCAUCAAGUAUGUUUAUCCUGGAGGAUGACCGGUUUGGCAGUACUUCUACUAGCACAUUUUUCCUGGAUAUCAAUGAGGAUGCAGAACAAACAUUUUAUGACAAACCUGGACCCUUAAAGGAUAAGGAUCGUAGUCCUUUUCCCUUUUUUGCUUCUAGCAGAUUUGUGAAGAAUCGCAUCCUAAAUUCACUUACUUUGCCUAAUAAAAAACAUAGAAGUAGCAGCGAUCCUAAAGGAGGCAAACUGUCAUCAUCAGACAGUAAAUCAGGCUUGAGACGAAAUCGUACAGUAACAGAGCCUUCCAGUAGUAUAGACUUUACUCCUGGGGAUGAAUUCACUUCUGGGUUCAGAGUUCCUAAAAUCCAUACUUUACGCUUAGAAACUUCAUUUGUUGGGAGCAAGAACAUGGAAGAUACAGGUAGUACCCCAAGUAUUGGAGAAAAUGAUCUAAAGCUGCCAAAAGGUCUUGGAAAUGAAAAUCACAGAGAAAACACAAGCAGAGAGAGACUAAUAGGAGAUGGUUCUACACAAACACAUUUCAAGAGUCGUAGCUUAAGUUUUAAUACAGAUACCACAACAAGUGGCAUAAGCUCAAUGAGUUCAAGUCCGUCAAGGGAGACGGUGGGUGUGGACACUACAAAUGUAGACACUGACUGUGGAAGUUUGAGUACUGUGGUAAGUACAAAAACAGUUAAAACAAGCCACUAUUCAACACCACAAUCUAACCACCUGCCUCUUUCAAAAUCAAUUUCUGUAUCCCUGGUGCCACCAGGGUCUUCUCAUACGCUUCCUCGAAGAGCACAGUCCCUUAAAGCUCCUUCUCUUGCUACCAUAAAGAGUCUUGCUGACUACAACUUUAGUUAUACAAGUUCUCGAGAUGCCUUCGGCUACGCUACACUGAAACGCUUACAGCAGCAAAGGAUGCAUCCUUCACUGUCGCAUUCGGAAGCCUUAGCAUCUCCAGCAAAGGAUGUGCUGUUUACUGACACUAUUACCAUGAAGUCUGGGAGCUUGGAUUCUCGGCUAACGCCAAGCAGGUUCAUGAAAGCUUUAAGUUAUGCCUCGCUAGAUAAAGAAGAUUUAUUAAGCCCUAUUAACCAAAACACACUGCAGCGUUCCUCCUCUGUUCGGUCCAUGGUGUCCAAUGCUGCGUAUGGUAGUACUGAUGAUUACAUUGGCCUUGCUCUCCCAGUGGAUAUCAAUGAAAUAUUUCAGGUUAAGGAGACUCCUUAUUUCCAAAAGAAAACCAUGCCUCCAUUUGAUGACCGUGGAACUAGAGUCUUUGCAUCUGAUGUAGGAGGCCAUCCAUCUGGGACUGCGGAUGUUGUCAAAAGUCCCUUCCAAAUGCUUAGACAGCAGAUCAGCCUCACAGAGAUAAUGAAUACAAGUCGUUCAGAUGCCUCUCAGUUUUUAGAAAACACAGAAGACACUGGGUUACAGGAGCACACAGAUGAUAACUGCCUUUAUUGCGUUUGUAUCCAGAUACUGGGAUACCAGCAGAAUAACAGGGUGAACACUGGAUAUAGUCAUACAGAUUUUCCUGACAUUCCAUAUUCUGAUUGGUGUGGGCAGACCAUACAUAAUCACUUAGAUGUGGUUUCUCAUUCCUCAAAAUUUUCUGGGAUUUCAGGAUGUAGUGAUGCAGUAUCCCAUGGUUCAGCUAGUAGUACCAAGAGUGCAGAUCUUGUACUAGGAGUAAAGUCAAUUCCAGAUGAUACACCAGUGUGCCGAAUACUGCUGCGAAAAGAAGUCUUACGCUUAGUAAUCAAUUUGAGUAGUUCAGUAGGAACAAAAGGUCAUGAAACUGGACUCCUAACCAUUAAAGAGAAAUUCCCCCAAGCAUUUGAUGACAUCUGCCUUUACUCUGAGGUGUCCUACUUGCUAGCACACUGCACAUUUCGACUGCCAUCUCGAAGGUUCAUUCAGGAGCUAUUUCAAGAUGUACAGUUUUUACAAAUGCAUGAAGAAGCAGAGGCUGUUCUAGCAACACCACCAAAACAACCAGUAAUUGACACAUCAGCUGAAUCCUGACCUCAGUUUUGUACAGUGCAUGGUAUAUGGACUAGCUGAAAGCCUCAGACAACUUCUGAUUGACUGGACAGCAAAGAUAGGAGCACCAUCUCCUAGACAGUUCCAGAAAUUACUGGUACAUGAAGAGUGAAUUGAAGACUUUUCGCAACAAAAAUCACUGCCCCAGCCCUCUGAGCCCUUGAGGAAUUGUAACUCAUUACCAUAGUUUUAAUAAUAAUAAUUACCAAUAUAUGCAAGAAACAAGCACUGAACACCUGCACAGAUUUUCAUUUCAUUUUUAAUAUGACAGUUAAACAAUAUACGACAGUGUGCAGAGACCUCUUUUAAAUGGUUGACUUCAAAUUCUGUUCCAGAUAAGCAGAAUGAUGCCUUGCUUAUUAACCCCUGGACACCAGGAGUUAGGGUACACGAGAGUAUAUUCCAUUGCCGACAGUGGGGCAUACUGUAACCAUGGACACCAAGGGACUAACGUUGGGCCUUCUAUGUUAGUUUUCCUAAUGUUUGUAACACUACUUGAGGGGUUCAUAACCUCAGAUAGAAAGAAAAGCCUCCAUGAAUCUGGGGGUUUCUUAUAAGUUAUUUUAAUGUUACUAUAGUUGCAAGAGUUAUUUUAUUAGCACUCUCUCCAGUUUUGUGGCAAUUACAUACAACAUGUUAUCUAAAUUGGUUAAGGAUUUUCACUACAGUUUCUGAUUUAAAAAACAACAAAUCACUUUUUAAAUUUGAUUGUUUUCCCUGUACAUUAUGCAUGUGGUGUUUAGGAUUUCUAUAUUCAUGCUCAUGUAUUGUGAACAUUGGUCUUAUUCUUAAAUGAAAAUCUUUAACAAGCAUGAUUUGUAUCAGAUGGGGUGAAUACUGUAUCAGCUAGACUAGAAAACAUUUGAUCAUUGUUGCUUUUUUGGUAAAAUACAUGGUAGUAGGUAAUUUCCACAUUCCAUGGGAAACAUUUUUCUAAAACAAACCUUUGCUUUAAUUUUCAUAUGUCUGACUGAUCACCGGAUAAUGCUAAUAAUUGUAGUGAAAAGCCUUAAGUACCAAAUUUUGAAAGAGCAGUACUUUAAUUUUAUAUUGGUGUUCUUUAGAUCUUUUGCACAAUUUACUUGAUACAAUGACCGAUAAAUGGGUACAAUAACUGCCUUCAUCAUGUUAUUAGUGAGGCCGAUAAAUUGAGUGCAACCUAAAAAACAAAAACAAAAACUUUUAUGUAUCUAAAGAGAUUUGGAAGCCUUUACAAGAAUUAAAUACAAAUAUAUGCAAAUUUGUAUAUACAGUAGCAUGGCCACCUUCAUUAGAAAGCUUGGUUUUGAUAUGUGAAUCAUUCAGCUGGACUGUAUUAGAUAGAACACCUUUUUAACCCAGUCACUUUUACCUUUUUUAUAAUUAAAGUGUCAGAUUAGAUAGUUUAGAUGAAGAUAGGUUAAAUUUAUCCCAAUAUUUCAUAACCCUCAUGUUACCUAAUUAAUUAAUGUGCUAUUGGAGAUUUCCAUAGAUAGCCCUGUGAGCUAAUAAGAGCAAAACACAUUUCCUAAUGAAAUGUAAAAUUAAUUUGAUCAUAUUGGAAAUUCAUUUUGGGGACAAAACAAUAUCAUCUUGUUGCCUAACAUUGCUUUGCAGAAUUCAUUUAACUGAGUGCACUGCAUGCAAACACCUGACAGCAAAGCAGUUGCAGGGCUACAAACUGCUUCUCUCACAGUAAAAUUUAGUUCCCUGAGUUUUUCAUCUUUUCAUGAGAUCCCAUUGAAGGAAAGAGCAGAAGGAAACCACUUUAACUCUUACCAUCAAUGACACCAAUAACAGUAUAACGUAUCUAUGAAAUAUAUUUGAUAAUGGAAAACAUUACCCAACAGUAGUUAUUUGGACUUCUCUGGUCUUAAGAAUAAAUAUUUCUGCAAAACCAAAAUAACCACAAUAUAAGAAAUAGUGAUAUAAACUCCAAAGCAAAUAAUGUAGUAUUCCCACCAAAAAUGGGAUUAGCAUAUGUUGUACAGUAGUUUCCAACACUACCUCAGUUAGGAUAGAGUAUGAACUCUUUGUUUUAAUAACUCUAGAUGGUGUUAAAUCAAAUAAAUCUGUUUAUUUUUCUGCAGUUAAGGCAAUGUAAACCAUUUAUCUACCUUUAUCUAAAAAAACAAAACUUUGUCACCAUUUUUAUCGACAGUAUAGAAAGAACAUUAGAAAGGUGUCUCAAUAAACAAAAAGUAAGCAAAUGAAGAUUUCAAUAUACUUUUAAAAAUUGAUGCUACUCUGUUAACUCCUCUGUUCACCGCCAGGUCUGGAUCCUCCGCCUUUGAAUGCUUAUGUAUUCUGAAGUACACAAUUAUGUGGGGAAUCAUUACACCAAGAAGUUAACGUAUGGAAACGUUGCUGAAAACUUAAGGGUUGAUCUCUAUGGUAGCAGAAGAUUAAUUUUUCAAGUAUCUAUAUCAAUGUUAGUAAAUUUCAACAAAAUAUGCAUAAUAGAUGUAAUGUCAGUACUGUAAGCUUCAUAGAUAUGGCAUUUCUAGAACUAACUUACAUUUAGUUCACACUAAUUUUUAAUGUUAAUUGACAAAUGAAGGGGUACUGUAUGAUUUGGAGUAAUUUGUGACAUUUGCAUUAGUUAUAAGCUGUGAAUUUCGAAUUUUAGAGUGAAUUUUCAAAAUAUCCUUUUGCAAAGUUCCUAAUUUAAGAGCAUUUAUUCUGCUCCUUUAAUAACAUUUAGAUAUAUUUACAUAAAGAGAAAAAAAUAAGAAUUGUAAAAUGCAGCUCAUUUUAACCCUAAUUGAAAAUCCCUAUGCUUACCCCCACCCCAUUUUAGAAGGAGACACGAAAAGCUGACACUCUGCUCACUCUGUAUCUUUCCAAACCUAAAGAUUUGUGAUGUUGUUGAAUACCUGCUAAACCCUAUAGCAUUCAGUUACAGUAUUUGCAUUCUAAGUAUACUCCCAAGAGUUGCAUUUGCUGUGACAUAGAACUCCUGAAUGAAUAAAUAUUACAGUAUGGCCACAAUUUUCAGAGGAGGGUCCCUGAAGUUAAACACCUAAAGCCAUAUGUAGGCAUCUAGAUUAGAGGUCCAGUAUUCAAAGGUUUUAAACACUCCUAGCUCUCUGAUUUCAAGAAGAGUUGCAGUAGAUCAUCACUUACCUAUGCCUAGGUGUGCACAUUCAGUAAUUUUGGCCAUUGGACAUAAAGUAUGUGAGAAACAGAAUAGUUCUCAUCAACGAAUUUCCCUGUUUAAUCUGAUCUUAAAUAUUUACCUACAGAUGUCUUCUGUUUUUUUUUAUGACACACUAAAAUGACAAGGUAUUCAAUAGUUUACACCAUAAAAGCUUACUUGUCUAGAGAUUUUUGGAGGUGGGGGAGUGACUUGGGGGUUGGGUUGAAACACUCAGAAGUAAGUUGCAUUUAUAUACAUCUUAAAGUAUGUACCAGGCAGCAGUGAGAAAUCAUUCAUAUAUUUUAUCAUUAUUCUUAAAAACAUAUGCAGUGAGCUUGAAUGUGAAUCUAAUUUGUGGUGAGAGGGAGUUGAACAAAAAACAGUAACAGCUAUGAUAGUAGUAUAAGGAAGAGAAAUAAUUAUUCUAGAAAUAGUUCUAAAACAUUUAGAGAAUGAAUUAUGAGUAAUGAGUGGUAAAAAUUUUCAGAUGCUUCCACUUCAGUCUGCACUGUUGUAAUCCACAGUUGCUUUUCUAGAUCUGGGCAAAUUUAUGUAACAUUGUAAAGUGAAUGUACAUUCAUGAUGAGGAAUCCUUCUUCAUGGAAGAAGUUUAGAUUAAGUUUGGAAAUGUCUCCUCUAGCCCUCUACCCAUGCCCUUGCUGCUCUUACACAGAAGGUUCUAACAAGUUGUGCUUCGCUGUGGAGGCAGCUGAAAAGGUUCUGUGAUCUUUUUCAGUUACAUUCACUUAUACCACUCUGUGCUUAUUUACAGGUAUACUAGUACGGAAAGUAAAAUCCUAAAUUUAUGAAAUACCUUUGGGAACAUGUUAGAAACUGUGUUAGAGUUUUCCCCUUGGUAGGAAGUGGAAAAGGUUAGCCUUUUGUUUCUUUGAUUUGUUUGAUUAUUAGCUCCAUGUUCUGAUUUCCUAGAUAUUUUUAUUCAAAACAGAUUUUUAUGUUCAUUAAAGAAUGUGGAUUUUCUUUGGACUAUUUUUGUAAAAUAGGCGGAUAGCAAUGCCACAGCAUGCAGAAAUUGCACAUUUUGCUUGACUUGCUUUGUAAAAUACACUAUUUAAUUUGAGAAAUGUAAUUUAUGCCAAAAAAGUGUAACUUGCCAUUUUGCCACUGAAUAGGUUGUUUUAGCACAAAAUGCAAUGUCUUAGGGGGAAAAGGCAGACAUUUUGUAGAUGUAGUUGAAAAAAUGUUCCAAUAUUGGCUGUCAGUAUCCCUAAAACUGCAUUAUAAGAGAUGAUGUAAAUUAGUCUUUCUGAAGAGGGAAGGGAUUGUUAAAAUCUCAAGACUUAUUUUCCCUGCCCCAUGUGGUUUCUUUACUUUUUUUAUUAUUAUUUAGUAAUACGCUGCUACAUAUUUGGAGUUUCUAGUGUUUGUAGGUCACUGAACAGACAUUGAAAUCUGAUUUAUAUUGUAUACCUGUAACAUAGAAAGAAAAAAGUAUUUAUAUAUUUUCCGUAAGAAUAUUUCAUUGAGCUGUGUAUAAUUUAAACAGAGGCUUGUCUCAACAUGGCUUUGCCCACCUUGAUCUUUUUUUGUGUUUUUUGGUUUUUGUAUAGUGCGUACAGUUCAUGUCCAUGGGCAUUAAAAGCCUCCUGAAGUAUAAUCUUAUCAAAGGGAUGCAUUGUUAAUAAAAUGCUUAAACUAC